UACUUUUUCUUUUGUAUCGAGUACACAAUCUAUACCACAAACAAAUACACAUUUAUACCACAGUCAAAGUCAUGGUCUGAUGCCCAGCAGUAUUGCCAGAGUAAGAAAUACCGAGAUCUGGCAACUUUCCUAUACAAUAACGACCUAUACUCAACUGUCCAUGAGCAGGACUUUCCAGUCUGGACUGGACUGCACAGAGAAGGGGGAACAUGGAGGUGGAGCACAGGUCUGUCACAGUACAGAAAUUGGGCACCGAGUGAGCCAGGGAACGGCGACUGUGUUUCCAUCUCCUCGAAGAGCAAAAUGAUGGCUACCCAAAACUGCUCUGCUCGAUUUCCCUUCCUCUGCUAUGUGGACAACCUGGUCCUGGUAAAGGAGAACAAGACAUGGGAGGAGGCGCUGGAGCACUGCCGAGCCCUCAGUUCAACCUCCCAACCCACCCUUCGCUACGAGCUGGUCAGCGUGCAGCCUGGAGAAGACCAAGACUACGUGAUGAACAGGGUCAUGGAGGCCGACACUGAGGAGGUGUGGGCAGGCCUCCGUUUCCUGGCCGGUGAAUGGCUGUGGGUGAACGGGGCGAGUAUGUUGUACUCUGACCUGCCCCUCUGCCCCACUGUGGUGCAGCACUGUGGAGCCUUGUCCAAGAACAACACAGGGAGCGUGGAGACCAAAGACUGUUCUGAGAAAAGGAACUUCCUGUGUUAUAGCACAUACUGACAUCACCCCUAUUAUCUGCAUCAGGGUGGUCACUAGCAGAAGUUUAUUUCAUUAGAUGGCUGUAGAUAUAUACAACUGUGUAUGUUUUUAACACAUUAAGGGAAUAUGUAUCAUACUAAGGAAUAACUUUGCAAACGUUUGAUCACACUUUAUAAUGAACUUUCUUACAGUAGACUUUGACUCAACUCUUUUUAACAAGCGGGUCUCUUAUAGACUUAGUCAGGUAUCAGCUUAUUAGAAGUUAGUAAUUUAAACCAACUGAUAAAAAAACUGAUUUAAAGUUGACUCUGAUAUGAUGUCAAGUCGACGCCGACUAGUAGCUGAUGAAGUCAUUGACAUU